GUGCUCCUGGCUCUGCUGGUGGGGAUACACCUGUCAAUAGUCUCUGGACUGGUCCUUCCCCUUGAGGGCCGGGGGAAGAGGGACAGUCUGUGUCCCCCGGGAAAAUAUGUCCACCCCCAGAACAGCUCCAUCUGCUGCACCAUGUGCCACAAAGGAACCUACUUGUUCAAGGACUGCCCGAGGCCCGGGAUAGAAACCGAAUGCAGGGUGUGUGAGAAGGGCAGCUUCACGGCCUUCGAGAACCACCAGAGGGAGUGCCACGGCUGCUCCCAGUGUCGACUAGAGCUGAACCAGGUGGAGCUUUCUCCCUGCACCGUGGACCGCGACACCGAGUGUGGCUGCGGCAAGAACCAGUUCCGAUAUUACCUGGGCGCGAAGCCGUUCGAGUGCCGGGCCUGCAGCCUCUGCCUCAAUGGCAGCGUGAUCUUCCCGUGUCAGGAGAGCCAGGACACCGUGUGCAGCUGCCACGUGGGCUUCUUCCCAAGAAAGAGCGAGUGUGUGCCCUGCAGCGACUGCAAAGAACGCCACGAAUGCACCAAGUUGUGUCUGCCACCCUCUCAGGAAACUGUUAGCAGCCAUCAGGACUCAGGGGCUACCGUGCUGCUGCCCCUGGUCAUCUUCCUGGCUCUUUGCCUGGCGGGCUCCUUCUUCCUGACUUUGUUGUGUCGUCGGCCGCGGUGGAAAUCCAAAUUCCACUCCAUUUUGUGUGGGACACCGGUGCCCGUGAAAGAGGGGGAACUGGAAGGAAUGAAUACCAAGCCUCCAGCCUCAGCCCCCGCUGUCUGCGUCACCCCAAACUUCAGUCCUCCCUCCGGCCCCCCCUUCCCUUCCAGUCCCAACCCCACCUUCCCCCCCAGUGACCGGUCCUGGGCUGGGUGGCCUCCUAAAGAGGGGGCCCCGCCCCAUCUGAGGGCCGAACUCCUCCUGCCUUCCCCGCCCCUCCCGACCACGCCCCUCCAGGCCACGCCCCUCCCGGCCACGCCCACACAGACCACGCCCCUCCCGGCCACGCCCACGCAGGCCACGCCCCUCCCAGCGGCGGCCGCCAGGCGAGGAGACCCGCCGGGCCCGGACGACCCCGCCGUGCUGUACGCCGUGGUGGACGGCGUGCCCCCCAGCCGCUGGAAGGAGCUGGUGCGGCGCCUGGGGCUGAGCGAGCACCAGAUCGAGCUGCUGGAGCUGCAGCACGGCCGCUGCCUGCGCGAGGCGCACUACAGCAUGCUGGAGGCCUGGCGCAUGCGCGCGCCGCGCCCCGCCGCCCUCCUGGACCUGCUGGCCGGCCCGCUGGACGCCAUGGACCUGCGGGGCUGCCUGGAGAACAUCCGGGAGACGCUGCGGGCCCAGGGCCGGCUGCGGUGACCCCGCGCGCCCGCGCCCCUCGGUGCUCUCCGCCGCCUCCGGCCGGGGGGGGGGGCCGCGGGCCCAGCCAUCCCCCUCCCGGAAGUGCUUGGGUCGCGGCUCAGCGUGCCGGCUCCGGGACUUGAACUCAGGACCCUGGCUUCCCCCGCGCAGGGCGGGAGCCCCCCAGUCCCCCCCCCUCCGAUCUCCACCGAUGCUCAGACACUACGGGAGGCGGGAGCGGCGGCCGGCCGGGGGCGCGGGGCACCCCGGUGUAAAUACA